CACACACUCUGUUCUCACACUCUGCACUGUGCACUGAGUUACACAGCUGUGAAAGGUCUUUACAGGAGAAUACCUGCUGCCAUGACUUCCCCAACAUCAGGAAAUAUAACAGCAGCAGUGACCCUCAUAUUACUGACAGCCACAUGGUGCCACUUACCUAGAGGACAACCCCUCUGGCACGGUGAGCUAGACUAUUAGAAAGGUGGACAGUAAAAGGCAAAGUUAAAGACGAAGGAUGGAAGUUGGCUGUUCAUCAUAAAUUCAAAGCAACAUCAGUCCAGCCCAGAAAAUGGCCGCCUUCAGCCUCAGCAGGUUGCGCUUUCAGAUCUGCUUGAUAUUAUUGCUGUCCGUAACCUUCAUUGUGCCUGUCAUGAUCUAUGUGUUUGGCAUCCGCUCUGAGCCGACCACAGUGUGGUUCCACAAUUUUGCCAAGUUAAUCAGGUUCCAAAAAGUCAGAAAGCACACACUAAUAAAUAUGACAGCUGUUCCAGUGAAAGAAGCAUCAUCCAUCCGUUACCAUGAAGCGUAUCCACACAACUACCACUUCAUCAUAGAUGAGCCCCAUAAGUGUGAACAAGAGAACCCAUUUCUGGUCCUCAUGGUUCCAGUGGCUCCACAUGAAAUGGAGGCACGCAACGCCAUCCGGAGCACAUGGGGUAAUGAGAGCGUGGUCCAAAACAAAACCAUCACGGUGAUCUUCUCGCUGGGUCUGCCUGGGAUCGAGGCUGAGAAACAACAAGAAGAACUAAGGCUGGAAAGCCAGCAGUACCAUGACCUCGUCCAGAGCAACUUCAUGGACUCGUACCUCAACUUGACGAUAAAGACCAUGGUAAUCAUGGACUGGCUGGCCACACACUGCCCGCAGGCAUCCUACGCUAUGAAGAUAGACUCUGACAUGUUCUUGAAUCUGGAGAACUUGAUGAACUUGUUGCUGAGACCUGAUACGCCUAAAGAAAACUACAUGACGGGAGAGGUUAUGUGGAACAGACCAGUCAUCCGGGACAAGAACUCCAAGUGGUACGUGCCAAAGGAAUUAUAUGCUGAAGACUACUACCCAACAUACCUGCUGGGGAUGGGUUAUGUGUUCUCCAAUGAUCUUUCAGAGAAGAUUGUUGAGGUUUCGAAAGAAAUAAAGCCAUUUAACGUAGAGGAUGCAUACGUGGGUGCCUGUCUGAAACGAAUAGGAAUUUCACCUUCAGACCCCCCCAAUCCCUCCCAGUUUCAGGACUAUUUUAGCGGUAAUUAUAAACGAGAAGAGUUUGCCAGUGUGAUCACCACCAUCCUUAACUCCCCACAGCAGCUGAUCACAUUCUGGCAGGACCUAAAAAGGCCUACAUGAAGGACUUGGAGGGAAAAGACUCAAAACUGAUUAUUUUUUGCAUAUUUUUGGCUGCAAUUUUCUUACAGUGCUUUUGCAUUAACUGUAUGGAAAAACUUCUGUAUCUUUUCCCAAUUUAGCCAGAACUGAAAAAUGCUGCUUUCAUAAGUAUUCAAUCCCUUCAGACUAGUACUUGAUAGAACCACGUAACAGCAUCCCACCAGCUUUGCACACUGUUGGGAGAGAUGUUCACCUGUUCUUCCUGGUAGAAUUACUUCAUGUUGAUCAGGUUUGUUGGAUGGUGCUUGUGGACGACAAUUUACUUUUAAAUUUUACAAAUUACCACCUUUUUGUUGUUCAACUACUCCUGUAUUGUUUUGUCCUUGUGUUUGGGAUCACUGACUUGCUGAAAGGUGAAGUUUCUCCCAAACUCGUUUUAUGUCAGACUAAAGCAGGUUGUCUUGCUGUAUCUCUCUGUAUUCUGCACCAUUAAGAAGAUGCCCAGUUCCCACUGAGGAAAAGCAUCUCCACAACAUGAAGCUCCUCACAACAUGAUGCUGAUGGUGUUUGCUGAGGAGUGAACAGUGUUAGGCUUGCACCACACAUAGCACUUUGAAAUUUGGCCAUACAUACACAAAACCUUAUCCCACAUAUUAGCUGAGUCCAGACGUGCUAUGGCCUCUCUGUGGUGUCUUUCACAGAGUCCCUCCCUUGCUCUAAAGCUGAGUUUUGAGGGACGGCCUUGUCUCGGCAGUGCCUGCGUUGUGUGGUGCAGUUUCCAUUUGUUCAGCGAACACUUGGAUAUUAUUUUGUGGCCAUGUCUAUAACUUUAUUUCUAAUUUCCUUAAAAUGAUCUUUAGUCUUGAUUUUCACAGCUUUCCUUCAGAUUCACAGUCUGAUCAGUUAGAUCUGAAUUAAGGGGCUUUUUAUCCAGAAAAGGUGAACUUUUUAAAUGAUUCACAAGCAGAGGCGAUUGUAAGCCAUUUGUGUCCUCAUUAGGGCAAAAUCUCUCAUUUGAGCUUCCACAGCAGAGGGGUUGAAUAUUUAUGGAAAAAGCAUUUUUUUCAGGGUGUUUUUUCAGUCAUUUUUCUCAAAGAAUAUUUUCUGAUAUAACUAUAUAACUUUUAUCACUUUAAAAUAAUUUCAGUCUCAGUCUUUUAAAAAUAAAAUAUGACAGCACAAAAUAUCACGGGUUCAUUUGUCAGCCAGACGAAUCUGAUGACUUUUAAGGGGGUUGAAUACUUUUGCAAGGCACUGUAUGCUACCAUAAAUAAAUGCCCUGUGCAGCAGAACACAGUGUGUGUGUUUAUUCAUUUCUGUGGCUACAUUCAUUCUCAUUAAUCAGUGUGACGUAUAUUUCUAUUCAUCCAGCUGUAGUUUGUUCAACUAAAUACAUUUUUUUUAAUGUUCAGCUUUGUUAUAAAACAUUCUUUAAACAUCAAAUACAUGUAAAAACAGCACUAAGAAAUCACAUGAUUAACAGAGAAAAGCAGAUUAAACAAAAAUGUCUAAAAUAUGUUACAAAUACAAAUAAUGAGAGUUGAAUCAAAC